CACAAAAAUCAAAUCAAAGCAAAUAAUUAAGUGUGGAUCAAGAGCUACCUGCAGCUUUGACCGGUUCAAAACAGGUGAGACAGAAGCGGGAGGUGUGGAGGAUCAGGUACACUACAGGUGACUCCUAGGAUCCAAUAGGGCAGGAAGGAUUCCCUUCCUUAUUAAAGGACUUCAGUGAUUCACGGAAUGAGUAUCCUUUCCAAUUUACACUCACAAGAUGAAGCCGGUGUUCAGUGAGUGAGGAAACAGCUUUGAAUUAAGAGGGAUUUCUCUUCGUAGAUUUCUCUUCAAUUCACAAUCGGGUGAAGGUCCUGCAGGUAGAUUCCCGUUGGAAGCCUACAUUUAUUUGAUCGAGAAGCUGAGCUGCCUGAAUUGACAGAUAUCACGAAGAUUUGAAGGCAUGUACCUGCAGAAUCAUCAAACUGGACUCGUUUGGGAAUGACUUCUGGAUUGCACAUAUAUUACCUCUCAUCUGGGUAAUGCGGCUGGAAACCUGCCCUGCCUCAGAUGUAUGGCACACAUCAGCUCCCAGGUGUAUAUAGUAAGAGACCCACAGGCAUGGGUCUGGCAUUGCAUAAGGCUUUUGGUUCUUGGAGCUGGUUGCUAUGGCUGAUGGUCCUUGCAUGUUCGGAAGCAUCAUCGUAUGUGAAUGAAUCCUCAAAUUCCACUGCCCAACAGGCACCUGAUGCUCGGUUUGCUGCUUCCAGCUCAGACCCUGAUGCAAGGAUAUCUGUGUUUGAACUGGAUUAUGACUAUGUUCAAAUUCCCUAUGAGGUCACCCUCUGGAUAUUGCUUGCAUCUCUUGCAAAGAUCGGUUUCCACCUUUACCACAAGCUACCCCACCUCAUGCCAGAGAGCUGCCUCCUCAUCAUCGUGGGCGCGCUGGUGGGUAGCAUCAUCUUCGGCACCCAUCACAAAUCGCCUCCCGUCAUGGAUUCGAGCAUUUACUUCCUGUACCUCCUUCCGCCCAUCGUUCUCGAGAGCGGCUACUUCAUGCCCACGAGGCCCUUCUUUGAGAACAUCGGCUCCAUCCUGUGGUGGGCGGGUCUGGGGGCCCUGAUCAAUGCCUUUGGCAUUGGUCUCUCCCUCUACUUCAUCUGCCAGAUCAAGGCCUUCGGCCUUGGUGACAUCAACCUGCUGCAGAAUCUGCUGUUUGGCAGCCUGAUCUCGGCGGUGGAUCCUGUGGCGGUGCUGGCUGUGUUUGAGGAGGCGCGUGUGAAUGAGCAGCUUUACAUGAUGAUCUUUGGGGAGGCCCUGCUCAAUGAUGGAAUCAGUGUGGUCUUAUACAACAUACUAAUUGCCUUCACUAAGAUGCAUAAAUUUGAGGACAUAGAACCUGUGGACAUUUUGGCCGGCUGUGCCAGAUUCGUCAUCGUGGGGUGUGGGGGAGUAUUUUUCGGCAUCAUUUUUGGAUUCAUUUCUGCAUUUAUCACACGCUUCACUCAGAAUAUCUCUGCAAUUGAACCACUCAUCGUUUUCAUGUUCAGCUAUCUGUCUUACUUAGCAGCUGAGACACUUUAUCUCUCUGGCAUCCUGGCAAUCACGGCUUGUGCGGUGACGAUGAAAAAGUAUGUGGAAGAGAACGUGUCCCAGACGUCCUAUACGACCAUCAAGUACUUCAUGAAGAUGCUGAGCAGCGUCAGCGAGACCUUGAUCUUCAUCUUCAUGGGCGUGUCCACCGUUGGGAAGAACCACGAGUGGAACUGGGCGUUCAUUUGCUUCACGCUGGUCUUCUGCCAGAUCUGGAGAGCCAUCAGCGUAUUUGCUCUCUUCUAUGUCAGUAACCAGUUUCGGACUUUUCCCUUCUCCAUCAAGGACCAGUUCAUAAUCUUCUACAGUGGCGUGAGAGGCGCUGGAAGCUUUUCCCUUGCAUUUUUGCUUCCUCUGUCCCUUUUUCCUAGGAAGAAAUUAUUUAUUACUGCUACUUUAGUAGUUACAUACUUUACUGUAUUUUUUCAGGGAAUCACAAUUGGUCCACUGGUCAGGUACCUGGAUGUCAGAAAGACCAAUAAAAAAGAAUCCAUCAAUGAAGAGCUUCACAUCCGGCUGAUGGAUCAUCUAAAGGCUGGGAUUGAAGAUGUGUGUGGGCAAUGGAGUCACUACCAAGUGAGAGACAAGUUCAAGAAGUUUGAUCAUAGAUACUUACGGAAAAUCCUAAUCCGGAGGAACCUGCCGAAAUCAAGCAUCGUUUCUUUGUAUAAGAAGCUUGAGAUGAAACAGGCCAUUGAGAUGGUAGAGACCGGAAUACUGACCUCAGCAGCUUUCCCCACACCUUAUCGGCCUGAGAGGAUACAGGGAACCAAGCGGCUUUCCCCUGAAGACGUGGAGUCCAUGCGGGACAUUCUGACAAGAAACAUGUACCAAGUUCGACAAAGAACCCUGUCCUACAACAAAUACAACCUCAAACCCCGAACAAGUGAGAAGCAGGCCAAGGAGAUUUUGAUCCGCCGCCAGAACACGCUGAGGGAGAGCAUGCGGAAAGGCCAGAGUCUACCCUGGGGAAAGCCGGCAGGCACCAAGAACUUCCGCUACCUCUCCUUCCCUUACAGCAAUCCUCAGGCAGCAAGGCGAGAGGCAAGGGCUGCUGAAUCCACAGGUUCUAAAUUUCAUUCAGAUGAAAGUGGUUGGACCAGAGAAGAAGAUGAUGAUGGUAUGGAUCCAGGAUUCCUGCCCUUGAUGUUCCGUGCACACUCACGAGCGGGGUCCCUUCAGGAAAGACAUCAGACUCAGGCGAUGAUCCCCAUGAAGAGCUUACACAGAGGAGAGAAGGCGCUUAGCUUCAGCCACCGAAGAAGCCAUACCAGCUGGGAGGAACACGCCGGAUGGGGCAGGAGGGAUGUCAUCCGGCCAAAGCCACUGUUCUAUGCAGUAGAUGAGGAGUAUGAAUCUGGAGAGCAGACAGAGGAGGAGACAUCAGCAACCAGGUCCAGAUGGAUAGCUGAGCACAGACAUAGCAGAGAACACUACAAAUCCCACAGUCCUUUGCUCCAUAGAAAAUAGUUCACUGUUCUAAGGAUGCUGGGUCAUCCCAGAGUCCCUAUUCCAUUACCAUAAAACAAAAAUUCUCACAGUUGACAACAGAGCUAUUGAGUUUGCAUUUUUUUGAAGCUUUUGGACACCUAUAUAUAUAACAACAGGAUGGCUUUUCACAGCAGACUUGAAGGCUGAGCCACAUACUUGUCUUGUGCCUUUGUGUGUAACAAAACUGAACUCCUUCUCAGAAGAGCCAGCCAUAUCUAAGGAUUACAGAAAUCUACCAAGCUCUCCUGGUUUUCUUCCAGACAUUAAGGAGGUGGGAGUGGGGCAGUGCUGGGAUUGGAGAUAGGUAAUGAUGGCAGCCAUUAAGAAAACUCAUUGUG